AUGGUGGCCAACACUUCCAAAGCGCGGCACUAUGACGCCGACGAUCUGGUUGCCGUCAACACGCUGCGCGCUCUAUCUGUGGACAUGAGUUACGCAGCCAACUCUGGCCAUCCCGGAGCCCCAAUGGGGAUGGCGCCCCUUUUCCAUGUCCUUUUCAGUAAGAUGAAAUUAAACCCGGAUACCGACAAGGACUGGGUCAACCGGGACCGUUUUGUCUUAUCAAACGGACACGCUUGCGCCUUACUGUACUCGGUCCUCCAUCUCUUGGGUUACAAGAUUACCUUGGACGACCUCAAGGCAUUUCGGCAACUAGACAGCAACACGCCGGGCCAUCCUGAAAACACCCACACGCCUGGCGUCGAAGUCACCACAGGGCCAUUAGGACAGGGCUUUGCGAACGCCGUGGGCCUUGCAAUCGCCCAAGCCCACCUGGGGGCGACGUACAACCGUGCAGGGUUCGAUCUGUUCAACCACAAGACCUUUGUGGUCUUUGGAGAUGGGUGUGCCAUGGAGGGCGUUGCCUCGGAGGCUGCUUCGCUCGCCGGGCAUUUGCGAUUGGAGAACCUGAUUGCUCUGUACGACGACAACCAUAUCUGCAUCGAUGGUGACACCGACAGCACAUUCACCGAAGACGUCUUGAAGCGCUUCGAGGCCUAUGGCUGGCAUACUGAACACGUCCCCGACGGUGAUACCAACCUUGGCGCAAUCGAUGCGGCCAUUGAACGUGCACUUGCAGUUCGAGGAAAGCCUACCGUCAUCAAAGUGACCACGACUAUCGGGUAUGGCUCGUCAUUGCAAGGGACCGCCGCCUGCCAUGGAUCGCCCCUGAAGAUGGACGACCUGAAGCAAUUCAGACAGAAGUUUGGCAUCCCCGAAGAGCCCUUCACCGUCCCAAGCAAAGUCUACAAAGCCUAUCAAGAAUAUGCGCUACGGGGUAAGAACGCGGAAUCUCAGUGGCAAGAGUCCUUUACCGCGUAUGAGGCGAAGUAUCCGGAGCUCCACCAAGAGCUGUCGCGGCGCUUGAGUGGUGGUCUCCCUCAAGGUUGGGAAGACAAGCUACCAGUUUACAAGCCUGGAGACUCGGCCAUCGCGAGUCGAGAUCUUUCCGCAAAGGUGCUCGCUGCUCUUCAAGCUUCGCUGCCAGAGAUGUUAUCGGGAUCAGCGGACUUGACCUCCUCCAAUAAAACCAUCUGGAAAGGAGCUGUCGAUUUCCAACCGCCCGGGCAUGUGGCCGUUGGAUCCUAUCAAGGCCGAUAUCUACGCUGGGGAGAUGAGGAACACGCCAUGGGUGCCGCCAUGAACGGGCUCGCUGCAUAUGGCGCGAAUCUCAUUCCUGUCGGAGGCACUUUUCUGAACUUUGUGGCCUAUGCUGCCGGGGCGGUUCGUCUGUCUGCGCUGAGCCAGCUGCGCGUGAUUUGGAUCGCGACACACGACAGCAUUGCCCUCGGCGAAGACGGCCCGACCCACCAGCCGAUAGAAGCCCUGGCUCACUAUCGAGCAAUGCCAAACUUGCACGUCUGGCGUCCUGCAGAUGGAAACGAAUGCAGUGCCGCCUACUAUGUUGCACUUAAGUCGAGCAAGACCCCUUCUAUCCUCGCGUUAAGUCGACAGGGCUUGCCUCAGCUCCAGGGGAGUUCCAUCGAAGUGGCGAGUCGAGGUGGAUACGUCUGCUACGGAGGUCAGGUCGGCGAACAGCGAGACAUUACGCUCGUCUCUACUGGCUCCGAGGUUGCCACUUGCAUUGAGGCGGCUGCCAUACUUGAAAAGAGUCAUCAGCUCAAGGUGUCUGUUGUGAGCAUGCCUUGCCAGGAAGUCUUCGACGCUCAACCUGAAGAGUACCGGCUAUCGGUUCUACCAGCAGGUGCCCCAGUCAUGUCGGUGGAAGCUGCAUCGACCCGGGGGUGGGAGAAGUAUUCGCAAGAGCAAUUCGGUAUCGACGAGUUUGGCGCAAGUGCACCCUGCGAUGCCCUGUUCAAGAAGUUCGACAUUACUCCUUCUGGUGUGGCCAGUCGGGCUCUGGAGACGGUUUUCUUCUACCAAGGCACCCAGAAUCUCCGAUCUCCCCUCCAGAAGGCAUUGCAGAAGACUCGUCCAUGA